UCUGCACAAAUAUAAAUCUUGAGCUGGUUGAUUCGAGGUAUGGCGGGGGUGGUGCAGAGCGUGCAGGUGCUGGCGUCCUCGCUGGGUGCGCUCCCGCCGGAGUUCGUGCGGCCCGAGCACGAGCGGCCGCCCGCCACCACUUUCCGCGGGGCCUCACCGCUGCAGAUCCCAGUGGUCGACAUGUCCUUGCCGGACGCCGGCAGCCGCAUGGUGGAGGCGGCGAGGGAAUGGGGGAUCUUCCAGGCGGUGAACCACGGCGUGCCGGCGGAUGCCGUGGCGGAGCUGCAGCGCGUGGGGCGGGAGUUCUUCGCGCUCCCUCAGGAGGAGAAGCAGCGGUACGCCAUGGACCCGGCCUCGGGGAAGACCGAGGGCUACGGCUCCAGCGUCCAGAGGAGCCCCGGCGACAGGAAGAUAUGGUCCGACAACUUGUUCCACACCAUCUCGCCGCCGGCCGCGGUGAACCACGGCUUCUGGCCGGAGAAACCUAGGGGGUACCGGGAGGCCAACGAGGCGUACUGUGGCCACAUGAGGCGGCUGACGCGGGAGGUACUGGAGCGCCUCUCGGCGGGGCUGGGCCUGGAGGAGGGCGCCAUGGCGGAGGCGUUCGGCGGCGGCGACGACGGCCUGGUGCUCAUGCAGAAGGUCAACUUCUACCCGCCGUGCCCGGAGCCGGAGCUCGUGCUCGGCUUCGCGCCGCACACCGACCUGUGCGCGUUUACGGUCCUCGUAGCCGACGACGUGCCGGGCCUCCAGGUGUCUAAGGACGGGCGCUGGUACGACGUCCAGCACGUGCCAGGCGCCCUCAUGGUCAACGUCGGCGACCAGAUUGAGAUCUUGAGCAAUGGGAGGUACAGGGCGGUGCUGCACCGGGUGACGGUGAGCAAGGAGAAGACGCGUAUGUCGUGGCCUGUGUUCGUGCAUCCGCGGCUAGAGUACGUCGUCGCGCCGCACCCGCGCCUCGUCGCCGGCGAGAUCCCUGCCAAGUACGACUACAAGGCCAAGACGUUCGAGGACUACAUGUACUGCAAGAUCAACAAGCUACCACAGUAAUCGAUCGUCGUCCAUGCAUUGCUUGCACGCAUGAGCACAUGUUCGUAGUGAUAUCAACAUUCACCUCUGCAUGCAAGCUUCGGUAUUCAACAAACAAUAAUCACGCUCAUACGCGAGAGAUCGUAAUAAUAUUAUCAUGUACAGUACUAUGUAAGUUUAGAUUUUGGGUCUUUUCUUUUCUUUAUUUAUUAUAUCUUCACCGUGUGGUCGGUGUGAGUCAGUUUCAUUAUCCUUAUCAAUCA